AAGACGAAUCUGCAGGCAACCGCCCAGAGUGAGUCACUCCAGAGACCAGACAUUAUAACGGCAGUGCCCUCCUGUUUGAGAUAGAGAGGCCCUUGGUUCUGGAAGGCUUUGAUCAGCUCCUUGCUACUUACUAAGGCUCAAACAACUAGACCUCUUAGCUGGUGCAAGAUGUCGCCUACGCCCUCGGUCAACAACGGGAGUAUUUUUCAGCACAGUGAUGCUUCAGAAUUAGGAGGGGAGAGGACGAAGAAGACGAGGGGUAGGGGUAACCCUUCUGAUGAAAAUCACCAAAAGCAGCAACAGCAUAUGGCCAACGCCGCCAGAGACCCGGGUGAUGAGCCAGACUCCCUAUGUUCGAGGGAGGAGUUAGGACCGGAUGUGAAACAGAGAUCAUCUAGUUUAAUACCAGACUUUGAUGGCUUGAGCCGACCAGGCAUUGGGACCCGAGCAAGACUUGAAGAGUCUUCUGAGCAAGCAGCAGAGCGACUUAGCAAGAUGUGUAAUGCAGUUAGGACCAUCCUUGAAUGCGUCGGUGAAGACCCGGCCCGGUCAGGGCUCCUCAACACCCCCGAGCGAUACGCCAAGGCUCUGAUGUUUCUUACAAAAGGCUACGGCGAGAAGAUCCAGGAUAUCGUUAACAACGCCAUCUUCCACGAGAGUCACAGCGAGAUGGUGGUAGUCAAGGACAUUGAGAUCUUCAGCAUAUGCGAGCACCACAUGUUGCCGUUCACAGGGAAGAUGCACAUCGGAUACAUCCCCUAUCACUCCGUCAUCGGUCUCUCGAAGCUGGCCCGAAUUGCCGAAAUGUUCAGCCGUCGCCUCCAGAUCCAAGAGAGGCUGACCAAGGAGGUUGCAAAUGCCCUUAUGGAAAUCCUCAAACCACAGGGCGUAGCUGUACUUAUGGAAUCCAGUCAUCUUUGCAUGGUUAUGAGAGGCGUGGAGAAGUCGGCGGCGACAACCAUCACUAGCUGUGUAACGGGCUGCUUUGAGACGGAGGAGAAGAUAAGGAGUGAAUUCCUAAGCCUGGUGGGCGGUAAGAGAUGAAGACAGAGACUGUCGGGAGAAUGCAUGUUGAGUCGUUAUCACUGCAGUCUGCUCGUUUGUCGACUUUAGUCUCUCAGAUUACCUCCUAUCCAGACCUUCCUCUUUACAGGUCAAUUGUACGUCCCAAGCGCAUGUACGAACAAGGUACCUACCUGGCUUGAUGUCUGGUUUCCAUUGUGUCUAGAUGUAGUUAGAUGUGCUUUCCCUUUCACAUAGAACGAGAGGAACCCUUGUCUAUGUCGCCACCGUGAACAUGUGCGGAGUUGGCGGAAUGGAGAGGUCAUGCGGCGACGUUGCGUGAUUUCUCACCGAAACAGGCGGCUGCCAUGGCGGAAUCUCUUGGAUCACCGUCAAUUUGCGGCUCAGGACGCACCGCCGAAGCUGCGUUGUAGGGCGGCCGUUGAGGUGAACCCGAUAAGAGGAAUGUCGUUGGUUGGAGUCACAG